CUAGGUGGAUAUCGCGAAAACCGUCUCCACCCCCGACUUGUGCCCGUCAUUCACCUAGGGUUAGGCCUGAAUCUGAAUUGUACCCCAUUCGACUUGGCUCAGCCUAGUUGCGCGAGCCGAAUCGAACACGGGACACCAAAUACCUUUCAGUUCGAGACGGAGGUCCUACAGCACUGGAGAACUUCAACCCGAUCCAUCCCCCUUCGCGAUGGCGAACCGACCUAACUUCAUCGAUCUGAGGGCUAAUUCCUCAGCCUCCGUCGCCAGCGCUUCUUUGCGCCCCCUCAAAUCGCCACGCUUACACGUCGCAGGAGAGGUUCCUCCCGCCUUGUCCCCCCUCGAUGCCUUCGCAGCGCAGAGCCGCUUGCUUGCUAAGCAGCUUGAAGACAGUGCCAAAGCCGGCAGGCGGAUGAGUCGCUUGCCCCCAUUGACCACGGAAAGCCCUUUGAUCGUCCAAGGCCGUUCAGAGUAUUUUCGUUCCAUGUCCUACGACUCUGAAGAUCAACUUGAGUCGCCAAAGCCAAAUGCUGGCCUCGGUCUGACUACAGAGAUAGAAACUCCGCCAGAACGACCCGUUUCGAUGCACCCCCGAAUGAGCCGCAUACCCCCUACACCGGAUCAAUCCAUACCUCUGCCUCCGAACCCAUUCGCAGAAUAUAUGCGGGGCCGGCAGCUUGAACGGCUAGAAGAGGACGGUGGCUUAUAUGGCGCUCGCAGGGAACAAUCACCUGGCAGCUUAGAGAACACAAUUGAGAGAGGACUUAGGCGCAAAUCAAUGGAACAUAUGGACGCUCGAGAUAUUUCGCCUAGCCGUGGCCACUUUCCUCCGUCACCAGAGAAGCUCACCAAAACACCUUCACACGAAUCCGCUGGGUUAGUGCCGCCGAGGCCUCCUCUAUUUCCUAAGCGCUCGUCCAGCAUAAUGUCGGCACCCCUUGAUUCCAAUAGCGAUGAGGCCUUAAGUGCUUCUUUUCACUCGCAACCUGGCCGAAAGUUGUCCUCGAGCAGUGCCUUUUCGGGGCCAGGACUUGCAUCGCCAAUUGCUCAUUACCAGAGAUCCCCCUCGAUUAGUUCUGAGGCUUCUGCGCCGCUGCCUCGACCUUCCUUUAAUUUCUCUCGCCCACUGAGCCGCACAGGCACGCCGGGCUUGGAUGCGCCAUCUCGGCAAGCCUCGUCCGACAGCCAGCCGUCCUUCAUUCUUGCCGACGAUACUGCACACACACCGGUCAGCCUGCAUAGCGAGUCGUUUUCGGAGGGUGGUUUGUUGGAUGAUGGGAGGGGAGGCGCCUCGUCCUAUAUCUACUCUAAGUACUCACUACCUAGGGGUAAGGCAUUGCAACGUAACUCAGUCGUCUUCCACGACGCAGACCCGCCGACCUCCAUCUGGGAACACCCAGUCGCGCCUUCAAGCAAUGUCCAGUCGUUUCCUGGGGCUGAUCAAGCCCCACCAUCACCACCCAGCCGCCCAUCGAGUUCUUCUUCGAGGUUCCAGGAAGCACCGCUUACAGCCGAGCUUCCUCCAGCUCGCCCGUCCAUAGAACGAAGCAAGCUUGCCAAUGAAAUGUCGCCGGAUGGGAGGUCGCCGUCCCCUGGACCGAGUCGCGCAUCGGCUGGGGAUAGACCAUCGGAAGACUUGUCUGGAGGACGUUCCGUGACGCCGCCCCCUCAUGACCAAACCCGCGGACGGACGCCGAUAUCGAUAUCGACAAGCGACUCUGCUAGUACCAUCAAACCAACGAAGCCGCAGCAUCCGCACGCUCCAACCGCAGCCGAAAUGAGCGCAGAGGAGCACCUGGCCAAAGGGAUCAAGUGCCACGAGGAGGGAUCAGUAAAUGAGUCUACCUACCAUCUGCGGCUUGCUGCACGUGCUGGCGAUCCAACAGGGAUGCUUCUAUACGCGCUGGCCUGUAGACAUGGAUGGGGUAUGCGCCCGAACCAACGGGAAGGUGUCGAGUGGUUGCGCAAGGCUGCGGAGGUCGUCAGCGCCGAAAUUGCGGACGACGAAGAUCACGUCAAAGAGGGCAAAUCGGUAGACUUCAUGGAUCGAAAAACGCGUAAAGCCCAAUUUGCUUUAAGCAUCUACGAAUUGGGUGUUAGUCACAUGAACGGCUGGGGGAUCGAGCAGGAUAAAGCACUUGCUCUACGAUGCUUCGAGAUUGCCGGGAGCUGGGGCGACGUCGAUGCUCUUGCAGAGGCGGGCUUCUGCUACGCCCAGGGCAUCGGUUGCAAGAAGGAUCUCAAGAAGAGCGCCAAAUUUUAUCGCAUGGCUGAGGCCAAAGGCAUGAGUAUGCCAGGGAAUAGCUGGAUACACAAAGCAAAGUAUAGCGACGACGUCAGCGACACGAAAUCAAAGCGUCCCCGGAGCAAGUCAAAGAGCAGGGGAAUCUUCAGCAAGAAGUCCUAAGGAAGAGACCGGGUGGGUUUCAGGCCCUUGGUGGGUUUUAUGGUAAUGACUUUACACCAUCGUGACUUUCUCUCGGCGUUUGGCAGCAUCUUUUCGACAGAGACAGCAAAAAAUACCAUUCGAGCAUAACGAGCAGGGGGGUGGGAUCGCAUCCAUUGCUUAUAACUGCCAACUUUACACAUAAUACCCCCGAAACGAAAAACAACUACAACGAAUACCACCUCGUUGCGAUCUGCU